AUGCGCACACCUGAACAGCUACAGCAACCACCGCAACCGUUCCGCCCAAACUGUCGGGACUCGGCCUGCGUGACUACGUUUGAUGGACACUUUGACAGUUGCCGACGCGUAAGUUCGCUUGGCAACUCAAACUUGCGUUUACGUCUACGCGUCGGCACUAAGCACAUCCUCAUUUUGUGGAAGAGCGAAAGGUUUGAGCCUCUUACCUUCAAAGGGUUUGGGAAAAGUUCGGUCCAUGAGCCGAAAACGCGGCUUAACGGGGCAAUGAUCUGUACCCUGUUCUGGCCAGUUGCCAUCCGGACCGCUUUACUCUUUCAGCCACAUCUUCCGCUUGGAUCACACUCCAAUCACAACAGUCAUUUCUGGUUGUACGCUUGUAAUGCCUUAUUCACCCCCAGCCCUGUCGGUGCAAUGUGA